AUGGCGUCGUCUUCAGCUUCGGCGACGGUUGCGGUCGAUAAAGCAACCAGCGAUCUUCUCUUAGGUCCUGAUUGGACUACGAACAUGGAAAUCUGCGAUUCUGUCAAUUCUCUUCACUGGCAGGCGAAAGAUGUUGUGAAAGCUGUGAAAAAGAGACUGCAGCAUAAGAGUCCGAGAGUUCAACAGCUUGCUUUGACGCUUUUGGAGACGUUGGUAAAGAACUGUGGAGAUUAUCUGCACCAUCAAGUUGCUGAGAAAAACUUAUUGGGGGAAAUGGUCAAAAUUGUGAAAAAGAAGGCAGAUAUGCAAGUAAGGGAUAAAAUAUUGGUCAUGCUCGACUCUUGGCAGCAGGCUUUUGGAGGUCCAGAGGGAAAAUACCCGCAGUAUUAUUGGGCAUACGAUGAGUUAAGGCGUUCUGGAGUUGAGUUCCCCCGGCGUUCACCUGAUGCGUCCCCUAUAAUAACACCACCAGCGAGUCAUCCAGCGUUAAGACAGCCUCAGGGGGGUUAUGGAAUACCCCAAGCUGGUUAUGGAAUUCCUCAAGCGGGUUAUGGAAUACCGCAAGCUGGUUAUGGAAUGCCUCCAGCGGGUUACGGAGUGCAUCAAGCGGGUUAUGGAGUGCCUCAAGCGGGUUAUGGAGUACCUCAAGCGGGUUAUGGCAUACCUCAAGUAGGUUAUGGAAUGCCCAGCGGUUCGUCGAGAAGGCUUGAUGAAGCAAUGGCAACUGAGGUUGAGGGCUUAAGCUUGUCAAGUCUUGAGUCCAUGAGGGACGUGAUGGAUCUCUUGAGCGACAUGCUACAAGCUGUAGAUCCCAGUGAUCGUGCGGCUGUGAAAGAUGAAGUCAUUGUUGACUUGGUUGAGCGUUGUCGUUCCAAUCAGAAGAAGCUGAUGCAGAUGCUAACCUCGACUGGGGAUGAUGAACUUUUAGGCCGAGGACUCGAUUUAAAUGAUAGUCUUCAAACUCUACUGGCUAAACAUGAUGCAAUAGCUUCUGGUUCUUCUCUGCCAGCCCAGGCUUCUCCUAAACCUGCUGAUUCGAGCCCCAAAUCGUCUGAAGCUAAAGAUUCUAGUUCCAUAGCUAGUUCUAGUUCCCCAAUUCCCACAACUGUUUCUACGGGAAAAAGCCCAAUUGAUGAGGAGUACGAAGAGGAGGAAGAUGAGUUUGCGCAAUUAGCUCGAAGGCAUUCCAAACCACCAGCAUCUGUGGCUACAGACCCCACCAGUUCAGAGUCUCAUAUUGCUGGAAGCAAUGCUCUUGCUCUUGCUCUGCCUGACCCGCCUCCUCCAGUGAACACCACAAGGGAACAAGACAUGAUUGACCUAUUGAGUAUGACACUGUCUACACCGUCUACUCCACCACCUACAUCCUCUCAACCUCCUCCCACUGUCUCGGGUCAAAACAACCAUAUCUGUCGACAGCCUUCGCAACAGUUUGAUAGCUAUCCGCAGCCACAAGAACAGUUCCAGAUACAACAGCCAACUAGACCUCAGAACCCGUAUGAAUAUCCACCUCCGCCAUGGGCUUCAACAUCGGCGAAUGCAUACUACACACCAAGGGCUAAUGCAGCUGCGUCAUACACAGACACAUCAGCCCUAGCUGGUAGAUCACUGCAGCAAUCUAACUCAUUCCCCACAAGAGCUGGAGAUCCCCAGGUGCCUUCAGCUGCGCCUGCUAGCAAUCCGGGUGUCUCUGCAGGACAGAAGCCGUUUGUUCCAUCAUACAGAUUGUUUGAAGAUCUGGAUGUGUUUGGGAGCGCAGACGGGAAGCAUAAUAAGUCUACGAACAGUAAUAAUGCUUCUCAGGCACAGCAAAGUAUGAUAGGAGGGAGGAAAAUGAUUUAA